UAGAAACCAAACCGAACAGUGGAAGCUGAGUCCGGUUUCCACACUAUAAAAAUGGCUUCCUCGUGUCCCUUUGGAACGAUACACACACUCUCUCUCUCUCUCGUACAAAACAUCCUGAAGUAUUCUUGUUCUGCCACGAAGCCCUAGAGAUCCUAGGUACGUACUGUACGGCUCUUUAGAAGAAGAAGAAAAUAGUUGCAAAAGCUACAAUCAGUUGUUUCAGUUCAGAUGGAUAAGCACCGCAAGAAGCAGCCAAAGACCAAUCCCCCGCUUGUCUCCUCUUCCUCUGAAGAAGUGAGUAGCAUCGAGUGGGAAGAGGUAAACAUGUCCCGAGAAGAAGAGGAUUUGAUCUGCAGGAUGCAUAAGCUUGUUCGUGACAGGUGGGACUUGAUAGCAGGGAGGAUCCCCGGAAGAAGUGCUAAAGAGGUCGAGAGGUUUUGGGUCACGAAGAACCACCGAACUUCCCAAUUACCUUGAUUUCCCCUCUCCUAUGUAUCAUCGCUUGUUUUUCCCUAUCAAUUAAAAAAAAAGCAAGGUUAUAUAAUAUUGUUUUUUUAUUA